AUGCGAAGCACAGAGAGGAAGAUCAAGUCCUACUUGAGGCAAUCUGCCCUUAGCUGGACAACUUUCGAAACGAACCAUCCCUACUCGGCAGAAGAUGCCGGAAAGCACACAGUCGAGAUACCUUGGGCAAAGAAGCUCUUCGUCGUGCUUUCGAAGAGAUCUUGUUGCUUCGACACCUCUACACAACUCUACGUCGGAGAUCCUGACGGGGAAGUGGUUGAUUUGGAUCCUGAUGUGCGUGGGACGUGUAUGAUGAGUGGCAGUAGCUUCAAGAACCGCUUCGCGUUUGUUGAUGGGAGUGCUGUCACCUUCCACUUCUUCACGGAUGACGAUGGCACAGAUCCCGAGCGAAAGUUCGGCUUCCGUGCUUUCAUAGGGGCCGUGAAUGAAGAUUUUGAGAGCAGUGAUGUUGAGGCGCUGUUGAAAGUGCUUCCGGAGCUAGAUCUUUUUCAUCCUGAUGAAGUGAUGACGGCAGGCCGAAGGGCAGAGGAAGGAACUACAGUUGAUCACAUCCUGCGGGAGAGCAGCAAGUCUUCCAAGCUGGACGAGAUGACGCCAUUCCUCCUGGCAAUUCCUGGCUGGGUGAACUGGAUUGAUCCUCCUGCCGCGCGUCGCCUCGUGCGACUUGUUGCGACCAUGCUGGGAUCAAGCCAGAAGGCAGCACGAAGCCUCAAUGCUACCUCCGGAGCAAACUCUUUUGCUCACACCCGUCGGCUCGUCACUUUGGCAACGAGCUCGCUGAGGUUCUUCUGUGAAGAUGCCUUGCAAGCAGUCCUUCAGUUGAUGUACCUGGUUGAGAAGCGCUACAAUAGAAUGGUGAUGCUGUCCAUUGUCCUGUCUUGCAGUGUUUCCUUUGCCAACUUUCUGAUGGCUUUACCUCGAAGCUACAUCUAUGCCGUGUUCAGGCGAGCCUGCGGUACUUAUUUCUUGAACGACACCAUUUUGGUUUCGGGUGCCUAUGAAUCGGACGCCAGUGGGAUCUAUGAGCAAGAAGGUGACUAUGGCAUUUACAGACAUCGAGAGAAGCCGUUUGCAAUUUGCGGCAAGUGGAAUUUUGAUCCUGGCAGGCCAGCUUCCUUGGGCUGGGGACUUCAUAAGAUCUCGGACAAAGGAGAUCUCAAUGAGUCUGAGCCGCUGUAUGAAGUGAACAACUGGGACAAUUGCCAUGCAGCUUGCUUGGAGGCUUUGGUGCCUGUAUUCGGUUGGGUACGGACCGGAGGAGAUUCGCCGGAAAGUAGUGAGCUCGAUCUCAGUAUUGUCCGCAAAGCCUUCCCGGCUCAAUGUGACAUACUCAGGGUGUCGGCAUGUUCAGACCAUCCCGAUGCCGAAGGUGUUUAUGCAAGUUGUGGUUUCGGUAUGUACAAGCACACCCAGCACCACAGGUACUACAUCAGGCGUGUUGCCUUGCCGCCAAAAACCUGGUCAUCGCAUUGGGAGCUUCUGAAGAACGAGGGCGGCUCCACUUGGACAAAGCUUUUUGUUAACGAGGAAGCUUUGAGCAUGCGCCAUGGAGUUGAGGCCCCAUGGUCGAGAGGAACAGAGCAAGAGCGCACCAAAGCGACCAUGACGGUGGAGCAUCAAGACUCGCCCUUCGUAGACGAGCUGUGUGUGUACGGUGGUGGCAGGGAAGUGUGCAACGGCAAGUUCUUCCGUUCUCCAUUCGCGAUGCUGGACCAGGAUGGGGAGGUGGCGCAGUUGGGAUACUAUUUUCAUACAGACAAUGAAGUUUUUCUGGCUGAAGGAUGCAUUGUUCAGCCAGGAUGCAUUGAUGGCCAAAAAAUUUGUAUGAUAGUAGAAGAUCAAAACGACGAUCCUACCUUCUUCGGCAUCGGAAGCGCAUCCGAGUGUACAUUUCUUGCACAAGAUGCCGAAGCUGCGCCGCCGCCCAGAGUUGUUCACGUGAACUGGUAG